GAAAAGGAAGGUGUCGUUGGAUUCCUAGUUCCGCUGCCGAUAUUUCUACUGGAGCAGAUUUGUUUUGGAAACGGCUUACGCACUACUCCUAAAGAAAGGGUCUGGGUGAGUGCCGCGGGCAUCCGUGUGGGAUUCCUAUUGACGUAGUUCAAAAAACCAGGUAUGAUGCACCAGACUCAGGUUUAAGGAUUCGGGGCGUUACAAAAUCCCCCUCUCCCAACUCCCUCCACGAUUGAAGUCAUCGUCGUCGCUAUCCACCACUGUACGCACUGCCGUGCUACCCACCGCCGUACGCAGCAUCGUCGCUACCCAUCGCUGCCUGCAACAAGGUCAAACCUCCGCGAGGUAGCGUUUGUCAACUCCACCCGGUAGCGUCCUCAUUACGCAGCGCCAGUAUAUAACCUCACACCCGCAUUCCGUACCAUUUACGCUGGAGUCCUGCGUCUCUGAAGCACCAUCUCUGUCUCCCUAAAUCUCUCUUCCCAACUCACAAGAAGAUGCAGAUCUUUGUUAAAACCCUGACCGGGAAGACUAUCACUCUCGAAGUCGAAAGCAGCGACACCAUUGACAAUGUCAAAGCUAAGAUUCAGGAUAAGGAAGGUAUCCCUCCUGAUCAGCAGAGACUGAUUUUUGCUGGUAAACAGUUGGAAGAUGGUCGAACACUUGCAGAUUAUAACAUCCAAAAAGAGUCUACGCUUCAUUUGGUUUUGAGGCUUCGAGGUGGGACUAUGAUUAAGGUGAAGACUCUCACUGGAAAAGAAAUUGAAAUUGAUAUUGAACCAACUGAUACUAUUGAUCGGAUCAAGGAAAGGGUUGAGGAGAAAGAAGGGAUUCCUCCAGUGCAGCAAAGGCUUAUAUAUGCUGGCAAGCAGCUGGCUGAUGACAAAACGGCAAAAGAUUAUAAUAUUGAGGGUGGCUCUGUCCUCCAUCUUGUGCUUGCGCUUAGGGGUGGCCAUCUUUAGGUGUUAACACUUUAUUAUCUUGUGUUAAGACAAUAUAGUUGCCUACAUUUGGUUGCAUACUUGGAUUAACUAGACAUUGGUUUCUGUAUGAUGUGGAAAUUCCGAAAGCAUGGGAUGAUUUAAUAUAUCAUAGUUUUCAUCCCCA